GGGAAGCAACAAAAAAGUUGAGGGACCAAUUUCAAACGACGUAUAGUUGAGUGGGUCUCGGUACAUUUUUACUCCUCCAUAUGUAUAUAAACCCUAUCCACUGAACUAUGGCGAUGCGCGUGCUCGUCGAUUACCCGUCGCAGUGCGAUGGACUCAGACCCGGACGCGGGGCGGUACUUCGCGGCGUGGUUCGGGGAACUGCGUUCCCUGCGCCGCGAUCUCCGCUCGGCCCGGUUCGAUCCGGACCGGGCCCGGCUCGCUCCGCUGGUCGACCGGGCGCUGGCCCACUACGACGCCUACUACCGGGCCCGGUCCGAGCUCGCCCGGUCCGACCCGGUCGGGGCCUUCACCACCCCCUGGGCCACCCCGGUCGAGCGCGGGGUCGCGUUCUGGGUCGCCGGGUUCCGCCCCACCACGUUCGUCCAGCUCCUCUACACCGAGUCGGGCCGCCGGUUCGAGGCCCGGCUCGAGGACUUCCUCCUCGGGGCCGGGGCCCGGUCCGGGGACCUGGGCGACCUGAGCCCGGUUCGAGUGGACCGGAUCGACGAGUUGCACCGGAGAACGGUUCGGGAGGAGGACGAGAUCGGGGAGGAGAUGGACCGGAUUCAGGAGGGGGAGGGGUUGGACGUGGAGGGCUCAGUGGACCGGAUCGAGAGGGUGAUGGGCCGCGCCGACGCGCUGAGGAUGAGGACGCUGGGCGGAUUGGUCGGUCUACUGAACCCGGUUCAGGCGGCGGAGCUGCUCGUCGCCCUUGCCGAUUUGGAGAUCGGUCUACGGGAGUACGGGCUCGAGCACGAGCACGAGCACGAGCGAGUCCCGGACGAGUGCUGAACCCUUGUCUACGCCCUGCGAGGGUUUUUUUUUUUUUUUUUUGU